UAGGAUGCAAAUGGUUGAGAUUCAGGACAACAAACAACUUUGGAAGUUGCGUUCGAACAAAUAAAAGAUUUACAGAACCUUCCCACCCAUGUGCAAGCUUGCUAAUUUCUCGAUUAUUGGCAAAUCUAGUUGUUCGGUUUUACAUUGAUGCAUAAUUACUGUAAAUUUUUCCAUCAACUGGCAAUACCAUUUUGCGCUUUUUAAGCUUCCGUCGUCUAUGCGCUUCCGCCGAGAUAACCAUUUAGCACGGAAUCGUUACGUAGAAGAUUUUUCUAUUGUCUUUCUUUUCCUUUAGGUGGGUAUCAUUCUAAGAAAGAUCACGUUCCGUCGUCUAUUGAAGUUUUGGAGAGACAAGAUUAUUGAGUGAAAGAGCAUCCAGUCUUUUAUUCCGAGAAACUUGGUUAGGUGGUCUUCCUUAGGCCACAUGUGCUGAUUUCCAUAGUUCAACAAGGUCUUUCUCGUUCCUUCGAGUUCUUUGACAGAAUCAGAACUUGAAGCCAGAUGGAUGAGUAUAUUGUUAAAUGGGUUCCUGUUGGAGUUGUUCUGUGGAGUCUAGCCUUUGCCUUAGUGCGGAAUUCCUUUCAGUCAAGGUCGUUUGAUUUCUGCAACAGAAUUGUUUCAGUCUGUCAUGCUUGCCUGGCAGUUACCUUAGCUUCUCUAACUGUGCAAGAAUGGAGCUGUCCUGUCUGCCCAUUGGCCUCACCAUCUACUCCUUUACAGAAGCAGACUUUGGCUGUAACGGUUGCUUAUCUAAUCUAUGAUCUGAUCUGUUGCAUGUUCGAUGACCAUAUCAGCCUCGAUAAUUCGAUUCAUCAUUUGGUUAGCAUCGUUGGUCUUGGUGCAGGCCUCGUAUAUGGAAUUUGUGGAUCAGAGAUGGUUGCAGCACUGUGGCUCACAGAAAUAUCAAGCCCUUUCCUACAUCUGAGAGAGCUUCUCAAAGAAAUUGGUUACAAAGACACUAACCUUAACUUUGCUGCCGAUCUCUCAUUUGCUGUGAUCUUCACCACCGCUAGGAUGGUUGGUGGCCCAUAUCUUACAUAUGUGACGUUGAAUGCAGACAAUCCUUUUCUUAUAAAGGCAAUGGCUGUCGGUUUGCAAUUGGUGAGUGCCUUUUGGUUCUACAAGAUAGCCAGGAUGGUCAGAUACAAAGUAGCUAAAAGGAGGAAACCUAUCAAGGCUGCUUAAAUCAAGCACGGGGAACCAAAUAUUCAGUCAGUAGUUUUACUAGAUAGACUAUAUAAAUGUAUGAAUUUUUUUUUAGCAAGUCAGGGGAAGGAAACAGAUACUCCUGCUGCCUUAUGAUCAAUCGUCAGCUUCUCUGUGCUCCUGUAAUGCAAUGCAAAUGUUUCAACC